GUUUUAUACGGUUAUAUUACCGGAGCAUUGUCUUUAAUGUGCCUUAUGGUUAUUGGUUACAUUUACUAUGUUUUUACUAGUUCUUGAUCGACUGUCCGGCGCGCUUCGUUUAGCUAUAAUUUUGUUCAGUAAGUUACAAUAUUGGCAAGUUUAUUUGUUUCUUGUCCUACCUGUUCACCAUAAUAUAAUAUAUAAUGGAAAUAUUCGUGCUGUCCGCAUUUACAAUAAACUUAACACCUUUCAGGAGUCUGAUUCAGAAAGCCUAUCUGAUGACAAUGUAAAGGAGAAGACGUGUCUAUCUGUAAAACUCGCAACGAACGGAGAUAACCUAGUUCCUCCUUGGCAGAUUAACUGUGAACCUACCCAAUCUUCUGAAAUAGAUAAAAAUAGUCAAGGCGGCAAGAAGAUUCUGAUCCAAGCAACCCGAGAUCAGACGAUGGUUAAAUCAAGCUUACAGAAGUCAGUCACAUUUCAAGAUCGUGAUAAAAUCACAGAAACACGCAAAGAGUGUUUGGUUGGUGUUAACAAAAAUAUUGUGGCUUCCACCAACAAGUCCAACAAGACCAAGAGAGCACCUGUUGUUGCAACCACAAUCUUGUCACCUGAUGUAGAUAACUGUAGCUCUGAUGUUUCAAUGGAAGUUGAUAAAGGAAAGCUUAAAAACAGAAGUUUGGCAAAAGAUUUUGAUGACUUUGUUGAAACGAAUACAAAAUUCUCCGAGACUCCAGACACGAUAAAAAAGCAGACCAAUAAACCAACUUCCAUCACAAAACACCCAUCCUUGUCUGAAGACUUACUUGCGAAAGCAUCUUCUGAUAUUCCAGACCACCCUAUGGACCAUCCUAGCAACAAGGAAGUUACUGAUCUUUCGACUAAAACUACAGAUAAAUCGUCACGUAAAACGAGAGAUGUCACUCGCACUAAAACGAAGGUUGCUGUAACAUCUUCAGGAAUUUCAAAGGAUGUCUCGGAGGAUGUCUCGGAGGAUGUCUCGGGUGUGGGAACAUCUGGUGCUGCUGAAGAUGCUGCUGAAGAUACUGCGGAAGAGUUUUGUUCCUGUAGAGGAGAGGAGUAUGGACUGAUGGUUCAGUGCGAGAAAUGCUCUGAGUGGUAUCACAACGGGUGUUUGGAUCUGACUAAGCUUCAGAUUGAAAAUAUUGAGGUUUUCUACUGCACAACUUGUCAUUCUGUUGACUAUCAGCUCGUUACUAUUACCAAAACAAAUAUACAGCCUGCAAAUAUACUCGAGCGUUCGAACGAAUUUCCAUUAACAAAGAUUGAUCAGAUGGUGAAGAAUGCCAUCUCAUCACAAAAUGAAGAUAUUCAACCGGCUACGUCACCUGAGUUGUUUCCGGAACUCCCUUCCGAUAAUAUCCAGGUGCAACCAUUUCCUACGGAAACUAAAAUACAUCAAUCAGAAACAAGUGUCUCUGAAGGCAAAGUUGCUGAGGGUGAUGACAAGGGGUCCUCUGACGAAGAAUGGGUAGAUAUUGCAGUGGAAAACGAUUCUGACUUAAAGUCCUCUUCGACAGAACCUUCUGUUAAUUUCAUUGCUCGAACGAAGGAGAUGCUAGCCAAGAAACCACUUGCAUCGGAGGGGAAUACUGUAGUUCUUCCGGUUACCAGUCCCAUGGAUUUGAAAAGAAACGAAUUUUGGGAUGAAAACUUUUACAAGCCCCACAUAAACGAAGAUCUCUCAAGUUGUUUUAGUCAGAUGUCCAUUGACUGGGAAAGUGCAAGAAAGAUUUUCUGUCAGUCUACAAUUUCGCCUUUGAAAGAUGGAAAAACCGAUGGAAAAUCCUAUAGUCAAGCCCCCAAAACUCCUCUCAGAGGCUCUGCACAAAACACUAGAAGAGAGCUGCUGAAUGAUCCAACAACUCCAACACGUGCACAGUUUGUACCCACUCCUGCAGAUCCUGAGGUAAUGAAGAUAUUUGAGAGGAGUCUACUCGUGAGCCCAUGCAAAAAGAUGGUCCGGCCAAUAGACCAUCCCUCCCGCCGGUUAAGUCUUAUCAAAAUAGACGACCAAGUCACCAUGAACUUCGGGAAAAGUCCCUCUCCUGUUACCGCGAGAGAAAUGGGGAGGAAACUUUUCUCUGGAAAACUUGAUUGGAAUUCUCAUAACACGAAUGAAAAAGAGAAUUCCACUCCAAAAACACCCACGAAAGUACAAAAAACAAAGGCAGCAAGAAACCCUUUGUUUUCUGACAAACCUCUCGAUAAAGCUUGGGCAAAAGGGUUGGAUGAAAUAAAGGGUGACUAUCCUUUUUACUCUUUAAAGAAGAAUCAACAAACUGAAGUAGAAACGAACAAGAACACAGCAAAAGUUGACCAUACCAAAAAUAUCAGAGAAAGUUCACCAGAAAUAGAUGCAGCAAAACAAAGUACACCAGAGCUUUCGACGACUCCUAAGAAAAGCAAAGUGGAUGACUCACAUCUUUUCAAAACUCCCACCAAGUCAGUUAGGAGAAUGAGGAAGAAAUCCGUGUCUAGUGACCGUCAGAGUGGAGGUUGGUCCCCUGGUGCCAGGUUGCUAGAGCACAGCUGUCCCUACGAUCCUACUGAAUCUGGUUGCUAUUCACAAACCAUCGACUCUCAGACCCCUAUUAAAGUUCCUUUAGCGCCAACGUUGGAUUCAAUUACCAAAUAUUCGCCUGGAGCUAAGAAAACUCCAAACAGUCAAAAUAGCUCAAUAAACUUUUGUGAUUCACGGUCAUUUGAAAUCGAAUUUGAAGAUUUAGAGCCCAGUAUCAAGUCAAAUAAAUCCCCACCCAUAUCAAGUGAAUCCAAUGUGACCGUUAAAACAAUUCUACCAAAGCUCUUUGGCCAUCUCGAAAAAACGUCACAUUUCACGAGCAGGAAAUGGUCUGGUAAUAACGAAAAGUCUUCUGUAGAAAUUGCGAAGGAUCCUGAAAUGGAUGAGUCAGCUGAACCAUGUUUGUUACAGAAAUAUCCUGAGACUGACAAAUCUGCUAGUGUUCACUUGAGCGAAAAGAAAUCUCCGUCGAAAAGCAUGAAAGAUGUGCCGAGCUUUAUUGAGGGACCUGUCGAGGAUACUUUAGAUUUUGAAGAAAACGAAACUUCGCCAGACACUUCCGCUAAGAAUGUUCUGAUUGGAUAUGGAAGUGAGUUUUGUGAUGAAGGAGAGGUUUUUUCAUCUGACGAUGACGAAAAUAUGUUUAGUGACUUAAGAGCAGCUCAAAGGAAUGCUCUGCGUGACAGCCCCGAGACUUCUAAAACUCACAAAACUAACUCUUCGUCCUAUCAGAAGGCAAAAGAAUUGAGAAACGCUCAUUUGAAUCAAAUAGGCAGUGAUCUUUCAAAAAAUAAUACCUCAAAUAAAACUAAAAGCAACAGUCAAACGGAUGAUACCAAGUUGUUGGCUGACAAAGAAUUUUUGGAAAGAAACAAGGUUAAGUACACCUCUGAAAAUUCUGUAAUGACGACUAAACCAGAUGAACCAAAAGGACAAGAGUCUUCUAGCAGCGAUUUUAAAAAGUCCUUACCAUUUACAUUCCAACCAAUAGCUGUUCAUUCCUUGCCAACAGCUCCAAAUGCAGAGGCCUCCACUACUGUUAAAAAACCUUUUGCUUCGACUCCGAGAAAAUCUUUAGAGGAAAGAUGUGAUACACCCUUGUCAGCUUUGCAUGAGCAAGACAAUGAAGACCUGCCUAUGAAUCCAGUUUCUCCUGAUUCUUACGCCCAUAGCCCAGCAUCCGACAGUAAUCCGAUAACUGAGAACUCUGUUUCUAAUAAUAAAAAUCCCGGAAAAUCCACUUUAAAUGUAAUUCUGAAAAAGUCUCAGACUUUUCAGAACGAUUCUUCCGAUCUGAAAUCAGGACUGGUUGACCAUGAAACAAAAACGCAGGAUUGCACAACUGAUAUUAAUCAGAUUCUGAUAAGCUGUGAGACUCUAUCCAACCCCUCGGUUACCCGACCCUUGCCCAUAACACCAGACGAGGAUGAGGACGCUACUUUAAGAAAAGAAGAACCGUCAUUAUCAGUCAAUUAUAAUAGCAAAGCUGAAACUCCUCAGAUGAGCAAAUUCUUAUCGAGUGAUGAAAUACUACCUUAUACCCCCAAAGGACCGAUUCAGUCCAUCCAACAAACAGAAACUCCACUCUCUGCUGCUUUUGUUUAUAAGCAUGUCGCGAAAACAAACGUCGGAAAGAUACAAUCUGACGUUGAACCGCUAUCUCAUUCCCAUCAUGAAGAAGUCAGACCACAAGAAAGCACUCCCACUGUAAACUUUUUGUUGAGCUCUGAAGAAACCAUGUCCAAUUGGACUCCCGAGCCCAGUCCUACAGAUUCUCCUUCGUCUGACCCCAUGGAUUCCAUGCCAGCUAGAAGGAGAAUCUCCUUACACGAUUAUGUUAUCCGAAAAGAAACUGUCUGUAACACUCCUGCUUUGCCGGACUGCUCAUUUUCCACCCCCGAAUUUGCUAAAAGUAAUGAUCUUGUUGCCGAAUCCCCCUUGGCUGUCGAGCACGACUCUCGUGAUCUUGAAUGCACUCAAUCUCCUAUCUCAAUGGAACAUGAACUGAUAUCUCAAACUCCGGAAACUUCUUCAAAACGUGGAGAGCUGGUGGCGAAGUUAAAGUACCAUCAUCUCAUACCUAUAUAUAUACCACCUCGGGAGUUUCUGUACUGUAGAAGAGUGAAGAUGAUCCAAAACAUGCUGAUCAAUGAGCUGAUUGGUGGAGCUGAGUUUAAGAGUUGCCAGCCAAUAACACAACCUCUGUAUGGUACCCGAGCUGAGUCCGGGGAGCAACCCGACAGACCAGCAGCUAGAUCAGAGAUAGUGCAGAUGAUCCAACCUUCUGAUACCAACCAAAGUGACCAGAUAGUCUCCCAACCUCCCACUAUUCUCCAGCAACAGUUCGCUCCUGUUAGCACCAGAACACCUGAAUCCUCUAUUUUAUCCUCUAGUGUAUCUAAACAUGCUGCUCCUGCUGAACAAACUGCUCCCGCUAAACCUGUGCUCAGUUCAAAACCAAUGCUGCCCAGUGUUGUGCAACCUGGUGAUCCUCGUACUUCAAAAACAAAAGAUGUUACUGAUAAUUCAGGUAUGGGUAAUGCUAAGCUUCACGAUGAUGAAUCUCACGAUUACUUCAAGAAUGUCAAGAUUCCCAAAGUCAAGCGAGUAACCGAUACGUUCAUGUCAGAUUCUAGCGUUCUGAACAGCUAUGAUUGCGGUCCUGAUACUAUUGCGGUUGGGAAUAUGAUUCAACAGUCAAUGGCUAAUGAUGCCUCCUCAGUGAGUCUAGAUUCCAUUGAUAGACCAUCGACAUCUCUCAACAGUUCCACUGCUCCAAGUAGUGGAGUUGUUAGCAGGAUUACCUCUAACUUGGGAACCUCAGAUCAAGCCGUCAUACCGUCUGUUGUUCCAUACUCUACUCAAAAUACAACGUCUAGAAGUUCAAAUGAUUUAGAAAUGAUCAGUAGUUACGUGAAGCAAUGUCUAUUUUCUGAUGAAGGAAUUUCGAAAAGCCCGAUCAUGCCCAGUUCAAGCCAACAGAGUGGGGAAGAAUGUGGUUCCAGCUUUCCUGCAAGUGACAGCCCAUACAAUACUACCUCCAAUCAAAGCCGGGGGAAAUCUUCAUUUAUUAUCACUCACCCGUCAGGUUCUGCUGCUAAAGAUUUAAACGUAUCCCAUAGCUCCCCAACAUCUCUUGAUAGGAACCCUCAAUCAGUUCUUGAGGAACCUUACAUCGCAGCACUGAGUCCGUCUUCCGAGGUUCACUCAGAUAAUCUUACGUCUGGUUUAGUUGAUCCUUUUCCAGUGAUGCACAAGGAAGAGGAUGUCGUGGAUGAAAAUGCACGAGGUGAAACGACUGAGAUAUAUGUUGAACCUGUUUUAAAAGUUCUUGUCAAAAAACCUCCCAAAUUCAAAAUACCAAAAAAGAAAACCCCUGCACCCUGCACCUCCCCUUCUCCAGACCCUCUCCUUACAUCACCCAGGAAGAUCAAACAGUUCAUUUCUUCAUCCACCUCAGCCGAACAACCAUCAGCAUCUACAUUGUUCACACAAAGAAAGAAGAAGCAGCUCGAUGUGAUCAUAACAAAGGAGCGUGCUCAACGUGAACAAGUUUUACAGGAAUACUUGGGAAAUGAGCAAGGAAAUAAACCUGCUGAACUCCUAGACGAAUCACUUAAUUCUUCCCAGACACGCAAGAGAAGGAAGACAGAUUCUCCAGAGCCACCGCACAAAUUUGAUUUAAGACACGUUCUCUCUUCUUCGAAAGUCUCCGCAAAGCCAGAGUGUAAGAGGACCAAACAUAGGAGUACCGAGAGGAACAAAAGUAAUGACUCCGAGAUCGAGAAACGAAAAUCUGAAAGAACCUCGAGAGAGUCCGAUGAAAAUACCAAGAAAAAAUCCAAAGAAAAACGAGAGAAGGAUCCUCAACUUGGCUUCAAAAGCAAGUUGUUUGACGCCCUUGCGGUUCUGAACACGAAAGAGCGAGCACUUAGAAUUCCGGAUAAAAUGGCAGGGAGGCACGCCUCGUUAACUCACUGGUUGGACAGUUGGAAAGAUGACGAGGUAAGAUUGAAGGAGUUGAGAACAACUCGACUUAAAAUCAGAGACCCGAACUAUCAACCCAGAGAUUUGAGCAGGUUAAAGUUGAGCAACGUUCCCAAGACAGUCAAAUUAAAACCCCAACCUGCCAAAAAGAAGGAGAGACGGGAGUUAACUUUGAAUAAGGAGGAUCCAGAGAUUGUGUUCGGAUGGAAGAAUGCCAAACCAGACUCAUGUCAUAUAAACAUGUUUCCAGAUCAGCAAUCAGAUACCACAAAUACCCCAAAUACCAGCAAACCAGCCUCCAUGAACCCUCUUCUUAAUAAAGCUAAUCCACGGAUCAAAAAGAGCAAUCCUCUCCUAAAAAAGAAGUCAGGAGGUGGUUACGGAUCUAAGAUACAAGCUCCGAAGAUAUGGAUAGAGUGUAUAAAGAGAGCGGACGAGGCUCACUGUAAUCCUAAACAGAUCAGAAAGAAAACUGUGAUAGACAUCAUGACAACCAAAACCUCUGGUCCCCUGAGCACCCUACAAAGAGCACUGACUGCGAACGUUAAAGUUACAGUCAUUACUAGGACCUUCAAAGGAAUAAGGGGGGAAUGUACCGGUUAUCUUGUUGCUUAUGACAGAUUCAUGAACCUGGCGUUGUCGGAUGUAACAGAGCACUAUAGAAGCUUGUACCACAACAUGCCCGAUGAAGACAAGGAGAAACAGCAAUCUACCUCCCCAACCUUCUCCUCUGACGAGAAGUUCCAGUCUGAUCCAACCUUUGUGGACUUCAAACGUUCCGUCACAGUUUCAUUUGACCGGGAUAUGUUACAGGAGAUCAAAUCACCCUCCCAGUCUCCGGAGAGGACUGACACUAGCAAACAGGAGACAGUACUUGAUAGAGGAGGUGUUAGGUCACCUGGUGAUGUCGAGAUGUCACCCGGUGCUAGCAUAAGAUCACCCUCAUUGUCUCCACCUUCAUCAGAAAACAAUUCACCUGCGAAACAACAUAUCACUAAAAAGAAGGGCAGGACUUUGCCUGGACUACUUGGAUGGUCACGUAUGACUCCCGAGCACAGAAAAUUCAAGUACACGAAGAACUGUAUAACGACCCGAUACUGUAAACAAGUCUUCCUUCGCGGAGACAACAUCGUCCUAGUCAGAUUAGUCGAAUAGGAGGAGCUUCUUAAAUUGGAAACUCUAAAACUAAAACCCCCUGGAACAGUUAUAGUGUGUACUGUGUUGGGAUAGACUGAAAGAAGAGUCGUAUUUAUUACAUCCCAAGUCUGAAGUCAAUGAUUCGCUGCUCAGAAGUUGAACCUAAAUUCAAAGAGUUCUAUUAGUCUCCCAGUUUGUACAAUUCGUCAGGAUCUAGUAUUGGUGAUGUGUACAAGAUACUGUUCGUUUUAAAAUUAAACAUCAUCAACGCAUUAUAUUAUUAGUCUAUUCACAGAUGCUCAAGGAGUUGAUAGACGUAAAGUUUUAGAGUUUAAAAAUGAAAUCUUUUUUGCUAUUAUCAGACAAACAUAAUGAUUUGUUUUUCAAGUAAAUGGCUCUGAAUUGCUUUGAGCAAUGAGCAUAAUCAGAUUUAACAAUGAACCAACCUUAGCCUAUUUAAUUAUAAUAUCAAUUUAUUUGUUAUGCUAAUAUUCUAUUCAUAAUGAUUACUGUUUUUGUAGAGGCGACUAAUUUUGACGACGAAUUAAAGAUAAAAAGUUGAUAUUUCUCAAUAAUUCAAUGGAAAAGUAAUGUUAUGCGUUUGAUAAUGACUGCUGAAACAUAAUUGCAAUUCAGUCGUCGUAAUUAGUCGCUGUUUCAUAUUUCUACCAUCUAAGCUUUUUAAGUUUAUAUUUCACGUAAUUUGUAUUUCUUUAACUUCUUAUCAAACAAUAAUACUCUUCAUGUUAUUU